CAACACAUGGACCGAAAUUAAGUGGUUUCUGCACGCAAUUGGCAAACACUUUUCUACGUGCAGAUAUACCAUUGCACAAAAUUGCACAUCCGUGCAUGCAAGAAUUCAUCUCCGAGUUUACGGGUUUUGCAGCACCUUCCGAAAGUUCACUUCGAAGUACAUAUAUGCCAAAAUUGUACGAAAAUUGUCUGGAAAAAAUGCGUAAAAAGGCCGUGGACAAUUACAUUUGGAUUACUGUAGACGAAUCGACGGAUUGUGAACAAAGAUUUGUGGCUAAUUUCGUAUUCGGUGUUUUGGGCGUCGAAGAGGAGAAAGGCCUCAGUUAUUUAUUUUCCAUCAAAAUACUGGAGCUUGUUAAUAGCAACACACUUGCCACAUUCUUCAAUGACUGUUUAAGUUCACUUUGGCCAGCUGGUAUGUUUAGCAUGUAGUGAAAUUUGUAUUGAAAUUGUUUGUUUGUUGCUCAAAAAUAAAAUUUUACUUACAGGAAUACAAUACGAUAAAGUUUUGUUUGUUCGUAACGGACGCGGCGCCAUAUAUGACCAAAGCUAUGAAAAGCCUGAAAGUGCUUUAUCCAAAAAUGGUUCAUUUGACGUGUUUAGCUCAUGGUUUACAUCGCGUAGCUGGAACAAUUCGUACUAAAUAUUCGAACGUCAAUAAUCUGAUUUCAAACGUGAAAAAUAUCUUCGCAAAGGCUCCACUUCGACGCCAAAAAUUUGCGCAAGCGUUUCCAAAUAUUCCACUUCCACCUAGGCCAAUUAUUACUCGCUGGGGCACGUGGAUUGAGGCCGCCAUAUAUUUUGCCGAUCAUUUUGAAGAAACGCGUUCAAUCAUCAACUCUUUCGAUGCGGAUGAUGCUGAAUCUAUUCGAGCAGCUCAAGACCUACUGGCUAUGCCAAGCUUUAAGAUUGACUUAGCUUAUCUCAAAAGAAACUACUCGUGUAUUGUAACUGCGCUGAAUUCGAUACAAUCCCAAAAAAUUUUUGUGCCUGAUGGAAUUGACCUGUUCUUAAAAGUUGGUGUCCAAUUGAAAAAGGGGAACGAUUCAGUCAUUUGUCAAAAGUUUGAUUCUGUAUCAAAUAAGAAUCCAGGUCUGCGAAUUCUUCAGGACAUAUCGCGAAUGUUAGCAGGAAAUCUGAUUCAUAGUUCUACAGAAGGUGACGAUCUUAUCGCGAAUUUAUCACCUGGAGUGGAGGAUGUGCGUCUGAAGAUGGUGUGCUGA